CACACACACACACACAGAGAGAGAGAGAGAAGGGAAGGUUGAACAUCGGAUCCUCCUCUGCCAAACAGCCAGGAUAUGUCUGUAAGGAUGGAAAUGGAUAUCAGUGGAGUAUCAAGGCCACACGUCUCCAUCCAUCCUGCAGCUGAAAUCAAAGCCACGUUGAAACCAGAGGCAGAGAGACCUCGCUGUGCCAGCACCCCAUGUUCACCCAUCAGAGGUACUGUCGCAGGAUACCAGAUCCUCCACAUGGACUCUAACUAUCUGGUGGGCUUCACCACUGGAGAGGAGCUGCUCAAGCUGGCCCACAAGUGGUCAGAGGGCACUCCGGAGAAGGGCUCUGUAUCAGAAGCCGUGCCCAGCCCCAUCCAGAGCCCGGUCCCGAAGUCUGUGGACCUGGGCAUCCACCGCUCUUCACGAAUCUGCAAAGGCAAAAGUCGCUACUACCAACCCUACGACAUUCCUACUGCCAACGGGCGGAGACGGAGGCGCAUGCCCAGCUCCAGUGACACCUUUCUCAGGUCCCUGGCUCACGCGGAGCCUGGGAGGAGUCUGCAUGCUCCGCUCCCCCUCUGUCUGCUGAAAGGGAAGAGGGCCCAGUCCAAGUCUCUGGACUACCUUAAUCUGGACAAAAUAAGCAUCAAAGAGUCGUCGGACACUGAGGUGUUACAGUACCAACUGCAGCACCUCACCCUGCGAGGGGAGCGCAUGUUUACCAGGAACAAGACAUGAGAGCACAGUGGAAGGCCCUUUUCAGGCGUCUUUCACCCUUUUGGGGAUUUAGGUGCUAUUUCCAGCUUGGUUUCUUUCUACUCAGAUUACACACUGUUCUAAAAGAGGGCAGUCUGAUAAUCUCGUUAUAUUAUUAACUGGGGGUUUUACCUUGUACUGUACACAUAACGUUGUGAAGAAAAUCCUCCAAACACUCCUCACAUUGUACUGAGGUUGUGGAGGUUAAAAAUGUGAAUUAUAUAAACUUAGCAAUAACUGGUGAACCUAUUUAUUGACAGUGUUGUGUGUUUGUACUGGUCAGAGACACACUGAUGUAUCAGUUUACAGCUGAUGAAGCACAUAUCCAUACUGUAUUGGCUUUAAAAUGCACUGUCGCUAUCAGUCCAGCAAGAGUUUUACUGCUUACCUGUGAGGAGUCGUGUUAGUGGAAGUUUUGUGAUUUAUUUCCAGAUGAUGACAUACAAUUGUCAAAUUAGCAAGAUAACACUUUGAUUAUGUUGCUAAUCUAUUGAUUUAUUGCUGUCAGUCAGUAUCCUUGUGUUUUUUAACCUCUUAUUUACCAGAUGGAUGUAUGAAUAAAAAACCUUAGCGAUACUCACUCUUCUCUUUAAUAAUAGGUUAACAUCUGUUUAUUAAAUCGUAAUACAAUACUCACAAUAACACAUAUACAUUUCAAGAGUUAUUGGUUGGUGGAAUCAUUCCUGUAAAGUGAUCCCUUCCCAUUUAUGUUUUCAGGUUGUCCGUCCACGGAUGCACGUAUGUCCUAUUCUUGUGAAGGAAAUAUCUCAAGAACACUUUGAGGGAAUUCAGUUUUUUUUUUACAAAUGUUUAAUUAAACUUAAGGAUGAAAUGCUUAGGGUUUGUGGUAAAAGGUCAUGGCUACUGAUACCAUCCAGCCAUCUCAUUCUCAUGAACACAAUGUCUCACAA